CAUCGUUAGUGCUGCUGGUAGAAUGUUGAGAUCAAUAGCUUAUAAUUCAGACAAGCGACUACAACGAAACGUUUUCUGAAAAUGUCUAAAAUAGAGUUGUUGAAAGUGUUUCUAAACCAGCGAUUAUCAGCAGCUGCUGAGGAGAUUUUUGGGGCAGUUGAACAGACGAUAGCAGACUACCAUGAAGAAUGUUCCCGUACAAAGGAGGAGAACGACCGUUUACUGAAGCUGCUAGAUGACGUCCUUAAACCUGAAAUAAAGUUGCAUCGAACAGACCUCCAGCAUCUCACUGCCUCUGGAAAGAAGAUUCCCGCUGAAAAUGAGCUCUAUGAGAAGUGGAAGCCCCUCAGUUUGGGACAGGAAGACCCAGAACUCACACAGAUAAAAAAAGAAAAGGUGGAACUUGGUGCAAGUCAGGUGAAAGAAGAGCUUCACUGGCUAGAGCAAGACUUAUCUCCUGCCACUGUGGAACGUGACUGUCAUCAGAAUUCAAGUUUGUUCACACAUCUUGCCAGCACCUCAACUGAACAGAUCAACACAGAAUUUGAUGAAGAUGAAUACCUCAACACCGAUUCAAGCUCACCACAGACUGGUUCCUCACGUUCAAGUACAUCCACCCCCUGUAGACAGAGACCCGCGGACAACAACUGGCACUACAAUUUUAUGAUUCCAUGGCACAGAAUGAGUCCAGAAGUUAACAGAAAGCUGGAGAACAAAGAGCGCCCAACUGCAAAAGAGAGGCGUGCAUUAAUUCGCCUGAUUGCGGAUGAGGUCAUCACCACUUGUCCAACACCAGGAAAGAAACACCUCAGUGAAAUAGCGAGGAAGAUGGUCUUGACAUAUCCGAAGUCAUUCAAAGAUGUCAUCGAAGACCAAGUCAUCGGAAGUGGCUAUGACUCCCUUACCAAGCAGUUACAGACCCGCGUGGAUAACCUGAAAAGAGACAACACUCUAUCCAGAAGACGAAAGUCAUCCAUCUCUGUGAGGGAAACAGAUGAGGUGCCACCCAAGAAGGUACACAUGAAUUCCUAUGGCUGCAUCAAUUGGCAACCGGUGCAGCUACCAGCCAAUGAAACAACAGAAACUCAAAAAGCUCAACAAGAGAAAAUGAAGAAAAUGCACAAAGAUCGAAGUAAUGACACCAGAAGGAUUGAGAAGAUGAUGUCGGCAACCUUUUACUCUCAGAGAAAGGACAUAUCAAGAGGAAUGGAUACUUCUGACCUGUGCAAAGAGUGGCCUUACCUGUUUGAAACCUCUGGUAUUAAGACACAUUUCAAAGAACUAACAGGAAUCGAUCCAAAUUAUGAAUUUGAGCAGGCCAUAGGAGGAAAAUGUGAGAGACUGGUUUCCUACCUAAAGUUUCUCCCUACUGAGAAGAGAAGUGAAAUUCCCAAAAUCCUGUAUGAAAUUGAAGCGGCUAAAGAGAAGCUACCAGGAGCCAAGCUACAAGGGUUGGUGUUACUACUUCUGAAGUAUUUUAAUGAAGAGGACAAGUUUUUCUUUGUAGUUGAAAAAACGUGUCUGCCAUCCGAAGUUGAUUGUGCAAAGCUGCCAUGCACACCCUGUGUCGUUGUUUGUGGGAGUCCUCCACUGACAGCAGAACACUUCAUGGUUGCAGUGGACCAGACUAUUGUGAAUGGAACCAUCUCCAACUUUACAGAUGCCCUUUUAAUGAUGUUUGCGUUGUAUUAUUGUCUUAACAUCAAUUACCCAGUGGAGAUGGCUGCAACUUUGGAAUUUUUGCAGAGGUGUUUUUUCACUAUUAAUCCGGACAAGGGGUCCAAAGUUGAGAAAAAUGCAUCACGGAAACCACAUGUUGUGAGUCCCAAGGUCCUCUCCCUGAUCACCAACAUCGCUGGCUACGAAUGGAUUCAGUAGACAAGCAAUUGGUGGGGUAGGCAGAGUAGAGACAAUGAGGUGAGUAUCGCUCCUCUCCCUUCAGCAUGUGCGUCUGGCUCUACAUAGUAUGGGUCCAUAUUUCUCCACAAAAGGCAAGAGGACAACAAAUACAAAAUGCUGAGCACAUUAAGCAGAUCCUGAAAUCUCUACAUUGAUUACCAGUACCUAAUAUUAAAUUGCAAAUACUAUUUUAUGCAUGUAAAACACAACAUUCAAUUGCAAACAUGACAUCCAAAUUAUAUUUAUAGAAUUGCUAUCAACAAACGCGAAACCGCCACUUUCUCUGCAGCAUUUAAUAGACUGGCCAGUGACACCUACUGAAACACUCAACAAUCAUCAAUGUUCUGAUACACUUUUAAAAUGACAAUUUCAUUCAAACUUCUCACUCAUGUUACUCUUACUCAGUCCUGUUACCCUUAAGUUUAGUAAAAGGACUGGGAGUAACCGGACUGGAAGUAACUGGACUGACUUUUUAACAUAGCAUUAGCAAAUACAUGAAAGAGCCACAUGACAUCAACGCUAAUAGCAUGAGAACACUUAGCACUUUCAAGUGGUUUACCAAAAAGUUAAACAUACAAUCAGGUCUGGAGAUAUUUGGACAUUGGUUCUGUACUCUGCCACCAAUGGAUUUGAAAUGAAACAGCCAAGACGAAAUUGAAGUGCAGAUUUUCAGCUUUAAUUCAAGGGGUUGAACAAAAAUAUUGUAAUGUUUAUGAAUUGCAACCAUCUUAAUAGUCCCCUUAUUUAAUCAUUAAAUGUUAAUUUUUAAUACUUGGUCGAGAAUCCUUUGCAGGCAAUGGCUGCUUUAAGUCUAGCACACAUGGACACCAUAGGCUGGGUUUUUGUGCUAGGCCUUUGUGUUGUAGCGCUCACCAGUGUGUUCAUUUUUUUUCUCAAUGUACCAAACUGAUUUGGC